AUGGAAAUCUCUUCACAACUUCUGUGGAUAGCUUUGCCUGGUCUUGCUGCCCUCCUCAUCGCCUCUACCAUGGGCCUAUUUAGUCGAAAGAACCACAUGCCCGUCGAUGGCAAGACCAUUCUUCUGACGGGCGCUUCGGAGGGAAUGGGCCGCUGUGUCGCCCUCCGACUUGCCGCAAAGGGCGCGAACCUCGUUCUUGUCGCUCGCAACCCAGCUCGGCUCCAGGAACUUGUGAGUGAGUGCAAGUCCGCCGCCAAGCAUCCCGCGACCCAGCGCUUCAAGUACAUCGUUGCCGAUGUCUCCCUCGAGAACUACGCCGCUCCCGUGAUUGCCGAGGCUACCGCAUGGAACGGCGGCCGCAGCCUGGAUAUUGUCUGGUGUAUCGCGGGCAUGGCUACUACCGGCUUCUGGAUUGAUACUCCAUUUUCUGCCACACGCCGCAACAUGGAUGUCAACUUUUACGGAACGGCUGAGAUGGCGCAUGCUAUCCUGCGCGAGUGGCUUGCGCCUGAUGCUCCUGUCGAGGACGAACCAAAGCACCUUAUCAUGACUACCAGCGUUGUGGCCUUCUUCACCGUUGUGGGAUAUGGGCCGUAUGCCUCGUCAAAGUGGGCCAUCCGUGCUCUUGCGGAUACACUUUCCCAGGAAGUGCUGUUAUAUCCUCAGAAUGUCAAGAUCCACGUGGUGUUCCCCGGGACUAUCACCAGCCCUGGGCUGGAAAGGGAGAACAUAACCAAGCCACAGAUCACGCAUCAGUUGGAGGAGCUUGACCCUGUGCAAUCGCCAGAGGAUGUUGCUGAUUUGUCCAUUAAAGGGUUGGAGAGAGGCGAAUACUUUGUCACUGUUGCUUUCCUCGGCAGCCUCAUGAAGUGGAGUGGCCUUGGAGGUUCUUUCCGAAACAACUGGAUCGUUGACACCUUUAUGAUUUUGAUUACUCCUUGGGUCUGGAUGUUCAUACUGCCCGAUUUUGUGCGGCAGUGCACGAGCUAUGGAAAGAAGCACGGUCACCCUGCUACCUAUGCAAAGCCCAGGGCAAGCUCGUAA